AUGGCGUCUCCUACGUUUGAAAACAAGGUCGUGCUCAUCACGGGUGCAAGUAACGGCAUAGGUGCAGCAACAGCAGCUCAAUUCGCAGCUCUUGGAGCAAAAAUUGCAGGACUCGAUAUCAGGGAUAGCGAGAUACCAUCGACUGACAAAAGAAUCGAUAUAAAAUGCGACGUAUCAAACGAAGACAGUGUGAUUGCCGCAGUAAAGGCAGUGGUUGAGAAAUGGGGCACAAUUGAUGUGCUAUGUAACAUUGCCGGCAUCACUGAUAAAUUCCGUAAGUGCCACUACUAUUUCGGGUACUCUGUAUAUGAGGAAGACCAAGCUGACAUAAAAUCUUCCAAAACAGAACGUGUAACAGAAACAACAAACGCCGACCUUAAUCGCAUUAUGGGAAUCAACUUCAACGGCCCCCUCUUCCUCAUGCGCCACGUCAUCCCGCACUUCCUCGCCAAACCCGGCAGUGUUCAAGGUCAAGGCUACAAUGCAGUCCUCCCCAAGAAAGGUGCCAUCGUCAACAUAUGCUCUGCAGCUGCACUUCGAGGUUCCGCCGCGGGUGCGAUAUACACUUCAAGCAAGCACGCUCUGCUCGGCCUGACUCGAAAUACUGCCUGGAUGUACGCCAAGGAAGGCGUGCGGACAAACGCCGUACUCCCUGGUGGUGUUGCGACUAAUAUCCUGAAUAAUAGCGGGAUUGACCCUUCCACGCAACUCGAUCCAAUUGGGUUUCCGAUCUUGCAGCCUGCACACGCACUUCAACCGGCUGUGUGCGUGCCAGAUGAUGUGGCGAGGACGAUUGUGUUUUUGGCUGGUACGGAUGGUGUGAAUGGCGCAGAGGUUACAGUUGAUCAAGGUUGGUGUCAGGCCUAA